AUGUCUCCCUCUCUUGUUAAUGUUAACCGUUCCCUUCAAAAUGGCAGCCUCCAUGAGAACCGAAAUUCUUGCUCGGCUAGUCCGUGGAUCAAUUAUCGGGAUCGGUUUGUUCAUGAAUUGUCUAUUUAUUUUUGCUCUCAGAUCGGGAAAGAAGCAAGCGGAGCAAUGAGGAUAGCCAGACAGAUGAAAGUGUCCCUUAAGCCUCAGAAGACCAAAUACAUGAUCCCCUUCCUUCACAGCAGAUGCCUUUGUCAGAGUGUAAACCAGCUCUCAAGUCAAAAGGAGGACUUUGCCACAGAUGAUUCAGAUGGAGAAGACAGUAUCGCGUUGGAUGAGCUUGGUCUAGAGGUGAAACCUAAAGGUUAUAUGGCAGCGAGACCAGUCGACGAUGUAUACAUGAUCCAACAUUAUCCUCCACAAUUGGUUACAUUCCAUGAAGCCAUGGAAAAGCUGAGGUCGCAUGAUCGAUGGGCGCACGUAAGGAAACCGGAACUCUACAAAAACAGAACAGUCACCAUAGGUAUUCAUCUAGAUAUGACUCUUGAGAAAAAGAAAAAAGUAGUUCCAUUUCAAAACAUGGUGAUCCUACCACACCCAUUUAAAGAAGACAACAAGGUAUUAUGCUUUGCUGAGGAGUCUGACACCCAAGUUGCCCUAGAUUCAGGAUCUUACAUGGUUGGUAACGCUGACACUGUUCAAGACAUCCUUGACCACAGGAUACAUCAUAGGUCAUUUGACUACUGCGUUGCCACUCCAGAGAUGAUGCCCAAGCUGUCCAAACUAAAGGAGAAACUGAGGAAAAGAUUCCCCGCUUCUAAAAGAGGGUCUGUUAGCAACAAUAUCCCAGCCAUGUUGAAUCUAUACAGAAAGGGACAGGAAUAUAAAGUACAAGUCAAGACCGGCACCAUCAACUGUGCUAUUGGCAAGCUCAGUCUGACCAAUGAUCAACUGGAAGACAACAUGGCUGCCAUCAUAUCUGAUGUGUGCUCACAUAAACCCCUUCAAUAUGGUCCAUUCAUCAAGAGACUCACCCUGACUGCCUUUCUCUUAGAUGGUCACAGGAUUAAUUUCAAGAAGUACCUUCCCAUCGCUGAUGAAGAUAAGAAGCUCAAAGAGGAAUUGGAAAGAUUAGAACAAUCGUCAUGAUAAGAUUUUCUAUGUUAGGUUGUAUGGUCCUGUGGUUUAGAGCAUUGGACUCAUAAUCAUAAGGUUGUGAGUUUGAAUCCCCGCUCUGCCAUUUCCCCAUUUUGACCCGAGAGUAAUGUCAUCUGUAAGGUCUCACCUCUAUGCCUGAUUGACUUAGACGUGAAAUGUUUCCUAAUUGGUUAUACCAGUUUGGCGUUAUACCAGCAGAAAUUGUCCUGAGUUCCUACGGGAGUUACAAGAACAGAAACAGAAUAUUUUCAUGAUGGAAUGGUAAUAGAAUUGUUAAUGAUGCAUCACCAUGUGAUAGUCCUGAAAAGGACUGUUUGUGAUCUUUCAUGAGUAAAGAGCUACCAAAUCUCCAUCAAGAUCACCAACACCCCUUGUCAGGAGUAUCAUGUGGUAAUGUUCUGGGCCCCAUCUUACAAAGACUUACGAUUGAUCCAGUCAAUCUUAACUAUGGAAAUCCA